AUGGCCACCUUGCGCCUAGCUACAUCGCCCGGCGUGCGGGCCGCUACGACGUCGCCGCUGACUUCGCAACUGUGGUCCAGUGCCGCCGCCGUAAAUGCGUCCACCCCAAGCAUAACGAGCACCGCGAGCACGAUUCCCGCCGCGACAGUAGCUGCCGCCGCCAUGGCCGCUGCGACUACUGCCACAACUACGGCAAAGACGAUAAUUCCCCCCCCGCCAUCCGCCCUGGCGCGUGCGAGGACGAAGGCCGUCGAGCCCCAGAACCGCUACUUCAACCCUUCCAACGCAACCCUAUCCACCACCGACGGCGGCCCCGGCAAGAAGCCAGGCGAUGAGAACAAUGCCAAGUUGGGCAAAACCCUUCGCAUCCUCCAAGACCACCUACCUCGGGUCCUCCAAUCUCCGCUCCCGCAAGAGAUCCUCGCCCCAAACAUCUCGCUCCACCUCUUCCCGACAACACACCCGCACCUCCCGACCGUCUCCGGCCGCGUCGCCUACACCGCUGCCCUCUGGACCUCGCCCAUCGCCUGGAACCGCCUGCCGCUGGUCGGGAACGUCCGCCUAUCCAUCAUCUCAGAGCGGGUGACGAAGCAGCCCCUCCAUUUUGCGCCGUUACACCCUGGUGCUGUCCCGGAGCAGCUCGUGGUCAGGUGGUGCGCAUCUGGCAAGAAGAAUGGCGGAGGGAUCGGUGGCGGGUCGGUAUCUACGUCCUCUAGCGCUGGGACGUCGGAAGGAGGGGGCGUGAAGGUGGAAGACGGCGGGGACAAAGCGUUCACGGGGCUCUUCGUGUUCCAGUUUGAUGCUGAGGGCAAAAUAUUGAGCCAUACGAUCGAAACGGUGCAAGAGGGUGGCGACUGGGAGAAGGGUGUCGGUGCCAAGGUCGUCGGGCUGACGGAUUGGCUGCUUGGCGGCAUGCGGAGGCAGGGAGACAAUCCCAGCCCUGCGUUUGAGGGUUUCGACAAGGGCAAGGAGUGA